CACCUGUAUUCUCUGCCCACCUGCUCCAGCAGUUGUCUGUCUCCCUCGCUCUCUUCCUCCGUCUAUCAAAACAUCAUGGCGGUCAGCAAGACAGCUCUUUGGGCGGGAAUAUUGACCCUGGCGGUAAUCAUUUGCAUCUUGGUAGACAAUAUUCUCCUUAAAAGAAGCAUUUACCACCAACAGGAAGACCAACGCAUGCGCAUUAACAAGAGAGCUGUUAACAUGAGUGCGUGUCGGGAGAUGAUUCAGAAGGAGAGGCAGGUUAAAGGAGUCUUGAAAAACCGGAUAUUGAAUACGGAACGAAACAAAGGGGGGUUAUACCUUGAGCUUGAACGCCAGAAGAGCGCCUUAAGUCGAGUCCAAAACUCAGGAGCCAUUAAAGAAGAAAAGAUGAAAGAAGUCGAAGCCUUGACCAAGACCAAAGGGGACCUCAAGAAACAGCUCGACGAGGCAUUGAAACGCGCUACGGAGGCUGACAAGGCCAAGGCCGACCUGCAGGCCAAGUUGACCGAGGCGCUAGCCAAGCAGAAGGAAGCAGAGACAGCAGCAGCGGCAGCCAAGAACGAAGCAGCUAAAUCCAAGGAAAACAAGAAUUGAUAUGUUCACUUUAAUCCAUAUUUCAUUUCGAAUUGUAUAGUAAUUUAGUUCUUAUUGGGUGGCUAUAAAUAGGAGCUGCCUCGUAUGGGCCAACAGGCCUUCUACAGUUGCCUUUGUUCUUAUGUAAUAUUGUAUAAUUGUAAAAUUAUCUUCAAGAUAUUUCAUCGAAUUUUGAUAGGUCGUUAAUCUAACAUAAACCUUCAAUGGUAAUAACCAGAAAUAACAUUAACAAAAUUAACAGCAUCUUCAAAAAAGUCACAUCGUCAGUUAUAUAUAAAAUAUAAUAUAAUAAGUUAUUACGAAACGCGUUCAGGCGUCAAGGCUAGAAAUAAAAAUGAAUUUUGGAGAAUUGAUUUUUCAAUUACCAUCGACAGUGAAAAGAAACAUAAGAAAUAGUGAGAAAAAUCGUGUUAGAAUUAUUAAUCUUACUUUUUCGGUCAUAUUCAACAAUUUUUCCAAUAGUGUAAAUUCUGAAAAAAAUAUUUUCAUGGAACUCAUUGAUCAAGUAAGUCCAUUCUAUUAAAUUUAAUAAAGAGAUUGAUAAAAUGUAAUUAUUUCAUAUUUCUUAAUAUUUUAAUUCACAUAAAAAAUUAAUUUUUUUAUUAUUAUUUGACUGAUAGAUUGAUAUGUAGAAUAAUCAUAUGUGACCUUUCAACUGGUAUCUUAAAUAUGUGUACAUAUAUUGUCUCUUAUUAUAGUGCCUAAGCUGUUUUAAGAUACGAAAGCGCUUAA